AUGCAGAAAUAAUUAAGUGCUUAUGAUUAGUACUAUAUUUAUUAAUAUUUAACAUAGAUUAGAGUAAUUUUUCUAAAGAAGUGAUAUUAAGAUUGAUGAAUACCAAUCUGCUUUUUCUAAUUAGAUUGUUUUAUUUGCCUGCUCUAAUCUGGAUCAAAAUAAGACUUUUAUAUAAUUUUAGAUGAAUCCAAUCUAAACAGAAAUAGGUACUCAUCAUUGAAUAUUCAGCCACUGUUAAUAUACCAAAUGCAAGAAUAUUUCCUUUCAAAGAUUUGCAAAGUUAAGAAAUAGUUUAGAAAUUUUAGUAAAAUUCAGACAUUAUUUUGUACUCAUUCAUGCAUUCUUAUGAUACUAUUUCAGUUAGUUAUCUUGAAUUUUGUGAAUUGUUUGCUAUCACUUACAAUGGAUAUACAAUAAUAAUAGGUAAUGAUCAAGAUGUUAAUAAAUGGAAUCCUCCUAAUAAAGAAAGAUUUUUUGAAGUUGUUUAUACUUUCUUUGGAAUUUUAUCAAGGUUAAAUAGGGCUCUAUAAAAUUUUAAAAAAGAUCUAAUUAAUAGAAGCUUAAUUGGUAUGUUUAACUAUAAAUCAAUAUAAUGGCUUGGUAUAGUAGAACAUUAUGGAUCAGAAAAAUUAUUACAACCUGAUAUAGUGAAAAACUUUUUAUAAAAAUAUAACUUAGAAUUUGUAUUUGUCAAAUGCUAUUAAGGUGUCAAUCUUAAUUCUAUACAAUAAAUUUAUCAAGAAAUUAGAAAUUAAUUAAUAUUUGAUUUUAAUGAUAUGAAUAUUGGAUCAACUCUGUAUUUUUGGAGUUCUAAAUAAUUUUUAGGAAGCUAUUUCAUCCCACAUAAGCAUUAUGAAAUAUUAGAUACUGUUAAAAAAAUGUUUAAAGAAAGAAAAUUUAUCAACUAAUAAUAAAGUCCAUAUUCUUUCCUUAGUGACUAUGAUCUUAACAGUAGUGAAAUAGAAUUUUAUAAAAAAUACAUAAAUAGAAUUUUACGAGAUAAUAGUAGUGGUUAUACUUUUUCUACUCUAACUUCAAUUAUAUUCAAUGCUAUUUUGAUUGGUUAAGAGAAUUAACAUAAUAAAUUUGAAUAAAGAUACCCAUUAUCAUUUUGUAUGAAACCUACAUCGAUUGUUAUAAUUCCAUUAGGUUUUAAUAUAUCAGGAUUAGGAUUCGAUAAUUUAUUUUAAUCCUUGUAAUAAAUAUUUUCGUUUGUAAAAAAAAUAAAAUCAGUAAAUCAAAUUACCAACACUCGUUAAAUUUACUAUUUUGAUUAAUGUUUUUGUUUUGAUUAAUGCUAAAAUUUAAUAAAUCACCUAAAUAAAAUAAAAAAUCUUAAGAUUGUAGGUCUUUUACACCAAAACAACUAGUAAAGUUAUAAAUUAUAGAGUGGAGAAUCAUUACCUUUUUCAUUUGAUUAUAUUUCUUAUAGUUUAAUAGAGUCAUCAAAAACUUAUGAUAAUUUUGAAAACUCUAUUAAUAUUUUAUUAUCUUAUUUAGACUAAGAUAUAAAGUAAUUACCACUGAAUGAAUUAUUAUAAAUAUCAAUAAUACCAGAAGACUAAAAACAGGGAAAAAUUAAAAUUUUAUGUUAAGAAUAGGAUAUUUAUGAAAUUAUUUAUAAUAAAAAUCUUAAUAUAGAAUAAAUGCGGAACCAUUUUUUACAAUUGAGAUAGAAUAAUUCUUCAGUAAAUGAUCAAAAUUUUUAAGUUUAAGUUUAAAAUCAAUAUUUUUAUAAGUAAAGUUUGAAAUUAAUUGCUGAUAUUGAAGCGUAACUGAGAAUUUUUCUUUAAAAUCCUAAGACAUCAAGAUCUUAUGUAAUUAUUACAAAUUAAUAUAAUCAACAAUAAUGUGAAAAAUAGAAAUCAAGUGAAUGUAUAAUUACUAAUUAGAGUUGGAAGGAAAUAGAAGAUUAUGUACUUGAUUCAUUAGAGCUUAUAAAAGAAAUAUAUAGAUAGAAUGAGAUUAUAUCUUAAACAUUUAAAAUUUUAGAUUCCUAGUUUCUACAUGCUGGACAGGUAGUUUACAAAAGUAAUAAAAUCCCAUUUAAGGUAUUAAAUAAUAAAAUAAGUUCUGUGAAAAUGUAAAUAUUUGUAAUUGUAUUGAAUGCAAUGAUAAUAAUACUACCUUAAGACUUAUAAUUAUUUUCGGGUAUAACAAUUUACACGAAAUAGUUGGAGGCUUCAUGUAUGGAUGAUAUAUUAAAAAUAUUGAAAGAGAAUAUAGAAAAACUUUAAUAAGAAAAUAUAGAAGAGAGAUCUGUAGUAAAUUAGUAAUUUAAUUUUAACAAUUAAGAUUGGAAUGCAUAUAUUGUAAAGUAUUCAUCAGCUGAAAUUAAUUUAUAGAAUAUAAAGUAAGAAUGA